AGCGUGUCAACAUGUUGACAUGAAAAGCAAACGCAGAGCAUCUGACAUCAACUGACACGUAGCCGACAAGAAAAUUGUAAUUGUCCGUAUUUAAUUUAUUUCCAUUGAACUUCCAUAAAACGUUUUAAAACAACUGUGUCAAGAUGACUGCCGUGGAGCAGCCAUGCUACACCCUUAUAAACCUACCCUCUGAUUCGGAGCCAAACAAUGAGAUGCAACUCAAGAUGGACCUUGAGAAAGGUGACACCAAAACAAAAAUUGAUGCAUUAAAGAAGGUAAUCAACAUGAUUCUCGCCGGUGAGCGUCUUCCCGGCGUCCUGAUGAUAAUCAUAAGGUUUGUCCUUCCAUUGCAAGACCACACAAUUAAAAAACUUUUGCUAAUUUUCUGGGAGAUUGUUCCUAAAACAUCUGCAGAUGGCAAACUUUUACAAGAAAUGAUUCUUGUUUGUGAUGCAUAUCGUAAAGAUUUACAACAUCCAAAUGAAUUUUUGCGUGGGUCGACUUUGCGUUUUCUAUGCAAACUAAAAGAACCUGAAUUGUUGGAACCCCUGAUGCCUGCCAUCAGAGUUUGUCUAGAGCAUCGUCAUUCGUAUGUUCGGCGCAACGCCGUUUUGGCCAUCUUUACAAUCUACCGCAAUUUUGAAUUUCUCAUCCCUGACGCGCCUGAAUUAGUUGCCACCCUCUUGGAAACCGAGCAGGAUAUGUCGUGCAAGCGUAACGCAUUCUUAAUGUUAUUACAUGCUGAUCAAGACCGUGCGCUUUCCUAUCUAGCUUCAUGCUUAGAUCAGGUGAAUACUUUCGGGGAUAUCUUACAGUUGGUUAUAGUAGAGUUGAUUUAUAAAGUCUGCCAUGCGAACCCUAACGAACGCUCUCGGUUCAUCCGAUGCAUCUACAACUUACUGAAUUCAAGUAGUCCUGCUGUACGGUAUGAAGCCGCAGGUACUUUGAUAACUCUAUCCAACGCUCCAACAGCUAUCCGUGCCGCUGCAAGUUGCUACAUUGAAUUGAUAGUUAAAGAAAGCGAUAAUAAUGUAAAACUUAUAGUAUUGGAUCGCUUGAUUGCGUUGAAAGACCAUCCAAGUCACGAGAAAGUUCUGCAAGAAUUGGUUAUGGAUAUUCUACGUGUCCUUGCAAGCCCCGAUCUUGAAGUUAGGAAGAAGACGUUGAAUCUAGCGUUAGACUUGGUUUCGUCGAGAAAUAUCGAAGAGAUGGUGCUGGUUCUUAAGAAGGAAGUGGCUAAGACACAUGAUGUUGAACAUGAAGACACCGGCAAGUAUCGACAAUUGCUUGUAAGGACUUUACACUCCUGCAGUAUUAAAUUCCCCGAUGUUGCUAGUACGGUGAUUCCCGUUUUGGUCGAGUUUCUUUCGGAUACUAACGAAUUGGCCGCGGCUGAUGUAUUGAUCUUCGUAAGAGAAGCUAUACAAAAGUUCGAAAAUCUAAGGCCGAUUAUUAUCGAAAAGUUGUUGGAGUCGUUUGGCGAUGUGAAGACUUCUAAGAUACAUCGAGCUGCCUUGUGGAUUUUGGGUGAAUAUGCAACUACAGCCACGGAUAUUGAAUGUGUUUUAAGAGAGAUUAAUGCAACGUUGGGUGAUGGACCGUUGUUGGAAAUUGAACAGCGAUUACACGCCGGUGAGAACCCCGAAGAAGGACAGAAUGCUGCAAAUGGAAAUAGCGCAACUGGAGGAUCUGCUUCCACUGGCACAAGCAGUAACAAUACUCUGGUUACAUCGGAUGGCACUUACGCAACUCAAUCUGCAUUUAAUACUACCCAGGUGUCUAAGAAAGAAAAGCGUCCGCCUUUGCGACAGUACAUGAUGGAUGGCGACUUUUUCAUUGCGGCUGGUCUAGGCACUACCUUAACUAAGCUGGCAUUGAGGUAUGCUGAGUGUUCUCAGGACGCCAAGAAGAAAAAUAAGUUUGAUGCUAGUGUCAUGCUAAUCAUGGCUGGUAUUAUUCACCUUGGAAAGUCCGGCUUGCCCACCAAGGCUAUCACAAAUGAUGAUACUGAUCAUCUUCUCUUCUGUUUGCGAGUUUUGUCCGAUCGUUCACCGAAAGUUAUCGAGAUUUUCAAUCUGCGGUGCCGAAAUGCACUCAACGAGAUGCUGCUCGCCAAAGAACUCGAAGAUAUGUCCAUCCAAAAGGCUAAAGAGAAGCCUAACAAUAAGAUUCAGGCUGAUGACCCUAUUAGUUUCUUGCAGUUAAAUCAGGAUAAGUCUGGAGAGCUCGGCGAUAACAUUUUCGAGUCGUCUCUGUCGCAAGCUUUAGUUGGUGGUCGCAAUACUGGAUCAGAACUUGUUUCAACCAGUAAACUUAACAAGGUUACUCAGCUUACUGGAUUCUCCGAUCCUGUAUAUGCUGAAGCGUAUGUCCAUGUUAAUCAAUACGAUAUUGUUCUUGACGUACUCAUUGUCAAUCAAACUACAGACACUUUACAGAACUGUACUUUGGAAAUCGCUACCCUUGGUGAUUUAAAACUUGUGGAGAAACCGCAACCCGUUGUAUUGGCUCCAAAGGACUUCUGUAAUAUCAAGGCGAAUGUCAAAGUCGCCUCAACAGAGAAUGGGAUUAUUUUCGGUAAUAUUGUAUACGAUGUUACCGGAGCUGCCUCCGAUCGCAAUGUGGUUGUACUGAAUGACAUCCACAUUGACAUCAUGGAUUAUAUUGUUCCCGCUUCGUGCACGGAUACAGAAUUCCGCAGCAUGUGGGCUGAGUUUGAAUGGGAGAACAAGGUUUCUGUGGUUACUACCAUCACCGACUUGGCGGAUUAUUUGAAGCAUUUGCUGAAGAGCACGAAUAUGAAGUGUUUGACGCCGGAGAAGGCAUUAUCCGGGCAGUGUGGGUUCAUGGCGGCGAAUAUGUACGCCAAGAGUAUUUUUGGUGAGGAUGCGCUUGCCAACUUGAGCAUUGAGAAACCUUUCAACAAACCCGAAGCGGCAGUUACCGGACAUAUUCGCAUUCGAGCCAAGAGUCAGGGCAUGGCAUUGAGUUUGGGUGAUCAGAUCAACAUGUGCCAGAAGAGCUAUCAAACCAAAGUGGUGGCUGGAUAAUCUAUUGUGUUUGCAUGCUGAUUGAAUCAACUUUAUUAUUUUAUUCAUAAGAUUCAAUUUAUUCCAUUGUGCAAGUAAAUUAAAAUAAACUAAAUACUGUGUAAUUCUUAGCCUCAUUGAGUUAUGUAGCCAAUAUAUUGAUAUAUUUUCA